GGGGUUUCUCUAGAUGCUUCAUUCUUAUCCUUAUCCUCCCUUAGUUACCCCGGAUUUUCCUGUUGAGCUAGUCUAGUCUAUCUAAUCUCCUCCCUUCUCUCCUCAUUUCCUUCCCUAUCUUCUCUCUCUCUCUCUCCCUCCCCCUACUCGGAAUCUCUCCCCGCUGAUAAGAACUCGGUAUCGGAUCCCGACCGGAUUCUUUUCCCUCCCCCCGCAUUCACCAUCACUACUUAAGCGACUAAUGCGCUCUAAUUCCUCCAAAAUGAGAAUCAGCAAAGUUUCAUCAUCAUCAUCAUCGUCACCGUCUUUUGAGUCAUCCCCGAGUUCCGCAGAAUUGAGCCGAUUGACGUCAACAUGGGCUCCACUUCCAACCCCAACGUGACCGCCCAGCCCCAUAUCCCUCCAGCGGGUGUCUGGUGUCCAGCCGUGACUUUCUUCGAUCACGCGACCGACACCAUUGACUUGGUUGCCCAGAAACAAUACUAUAAAUAUCUGUCGACGACAGGUCUGGCCGGGCUCGUCAUCCUUGGCACCAACUCCGAAGCUUUCCUCCUUACCCGCGAAGAACGAUACCAAUGCAUUGCCGCCGCCCGCGAAGCCGUGGGGCCUGAUUUCCCCCUCAUGGCUGGCGUGGGCGCCCACUCCACCAAACAAGUCCUCGAGCUCGCCUCCGACGCGGCUGCCGCGGGUGCCAACUACUUGCUGGUGCUGCCCCCAGCAUACUUCGGCAAAGCCACCACCCCCGCCGUCGUGAAGCGGUUCUUCGCCGACGUCGCCCGUCAAUCCGCCCUCCCCGUCGUGGUGUACAACUUCCCCGGCGUGUGCAAUGGGGUGGAUCUCGACUCGGAGACCAUCACGGCGAUUGUCCGGGAGUCUGAGGCGCAGAGUCCCUCGGGCGUCUCGAACGUGGUCGGCGUGAAACUGACCUGCGCGUCCGUGGGCAAGAUCACCCGGCUAGCGGCCACGUUCUCCAAGGACCAGUUCGCCGUGUUCGGCGGACAGUCCGACUUCCUGCUGGCGGGGCUGGCGGUCGGAUCGGCCGGGUGCAUUGCGGCCUUCGCGAACGUCUUCCCCAAGACCGCCGCGCGGGUCUACAAGCUGUAUGUGGAGGGCAAGGUCGACGAGGCGUUGGCGUUGCAGCGGCAGGCGGCGUUGGCGGAGUCGCCGUGCAAGAGCGGCAUCGCGUCCACCAAAUACGCCACGGCCAUCUUCUCGGCGGUGGCAGCGGGGAUUGAGGGUGCGGAGGAGAAACUGAAGCCUCGCACCCCGUACGAGGAGCCUGCCCAGGGGGCUAAGGUUACAGUGCAGGAGGUGAUGGGUAAGAUGGCAGAGGUGGAGAAGGCACUGUAAGUAGAUUAUUAGAACAGGUGUACAUAUUUCCUAGAGUAAAAAUACAGACGGCGCUCAUAUUUGG